AUGGGCUCGCCGCUCCCGCGGGCCGCCGCGAUGCUGCUAGCGGCGGCGCUGCUGCUGCUGGCGGCCCCGGCGGGGCUGCGAGCCGCUCCGGAGGAAGAGGCCGGCAGGAAGAAGGAGCCGCCGCCGCCGCCAGCAGCAGCUCAGGGAGCCGAACAGCGGGCUGAGGUGAGGCGAGGCGGGGACGGGCCGCACCGGCUGCCCGCACAACCGUCCCUCCCUCUCUGCCUCCUUCAGGCGGGCCGCGGGGGCGGGAGCGGCGCGGUUGCCCCCCGCGGCAGUUCUCAUCCGGCGGGGCGGAAGGGGUCCUCUCAGGUUGCUCCAGUUCCUGUUGCCAACGAAGAGCCUGCUGACAAGACCAAUUUGGGCUUUAUUCAUGCCUUUGUGGCUGCUAUCUCAGUCAUCAUUGUUUCAGAGCUGGGGGACAAGACCUUCUUCAUCGCAGCCAUCAUGGCCAUGCGGUACAACCGUUUGACGGUGCUGGCUGGGGCCAUGCUUGCCUUGGGACUCAUGACGUGUUUGUCAGUGUUGUUUGGCUAUGCCACCACAGUGAUCCCUCGUGUCUACACAUACUAUGUGUCAACAGCUCUCUUUGCCGUUUUUGGCAUCAGAAUGCUUCGGGAGGGCUUGAAAAUGAGUCCAGAUGAGGGCCAGGAAGAGCUGGAGGAAGUCCAAGCGGAGAUUAAGAAAAAGGAUGAGGAACUUCAGAGAACUAAACUGUCAAAUGGGCCAGGAGAUGUGGAGUCAGGCCCAGGCACCACGAUACCUCAGAAGAAGUGGCUACAUUUCAUAUCCCCAAUCUUUGUGCAAGCUUUUACUUUAACGUUUUUAGCAGAGUGGGGUGACCGCUCCCAGCUGACAACCAUCGUCCUGGCUGCCAGAGAGAAUUCCAGCUGUGCCAAGGCCCAAACAUAA